AUGCCCCGGUCGAGCGGUGGCGACCUGGACACGAAGUAUCUCGAGUCUCGAGUGCUCAUUAUCAUGACGGGAGGCACUAUCUGCAUGCAGCCAUCGCCAGAUGGCCUGGUGCCAGCGACUGGAUUUCUUGAGAGUGCAAUGGCGCCCAGACCGUCCUUCAACGAUUCCUCCGCCCCCGUGCAGCUCCAUGCGUACAAGAACGGCGAGAAACUCGCGCUCAACUCCCUCCGCACCCCGCCCACUGCCUAUUCGCGACAUGUUCGCUAUGGUAUUCUCGAGUUCUCCCCCUUGCUGGAUUCAAGCUCCAUCUCCUCUGUCGGCUGGACCGAGAUCGCCCUGACGGUCAAGGAGAACUAUCACCUUUUCGAUGGCUUUGUGGUACUGCACGGCACGGACUCCCUGGCCUACUCUGCAUCCGCCUUGUCCUUCAUGAUGUCGGAUCUGGGCAAGCCGGUCAUUCUCACGGGUUCUCAGGCUUCCAUUUUUGCCCUCCAGUCCGACGCUGUGGACAACCUGCUGGGCUCACUGAUCAUCGCCGGGACCUUUGUGAUUCCCGAGGUCUGCCUGUUCUUCCAUCACACCCUUUUCAGAGGCAACAGGACGACAAAAGUUUCAGCGUCUGCAUUCGAGGCCUUUGAUAGCCCAAAUUGCGAGCCUCUUGCCAAGGUGACGAGUCUCGGGGUUGACGUGAAGUGGGCGCUUGUUCGUCGACCGACGAGAAUCGCUGAGUUUCAGGUUACCAAAUAUAUCGAUACAGCACAUGUGGCCUGUCUGCGCAUCUUUCCCGGCAUCAAGCCAGAGAUGGUAGAUUCAGUGCUCCGUGUUCCCGACUUGAGAGGCCUCAUUCUUGAGACAUUCGGCAUGGGCAACGCUCCAGGAGGUGUGGACGGGAGUCUGACAAAGGUCAUCCGUGAGGCCGUAGAGAGAGGCAUCGUCAUCGUCAACGUCAGCCAGUGUACAAACGGCUUCGUCUCGCCGCUAUAUGCACCAGGCACGAUUCUGGGCAGAGCAGGCGUUGUCUUCGGCCAUGACCUGACGACGGAGGCUGCUCUGACGAAGCUGGGCUAUCUUCUAGCUGUUCAGAGCCUCUCUUAUGUCGAUAUCACUGCCCAGAUGGCGCAUUCCAUACGUGGAGAAAUGACCGAGAUGACGAGUCCUAGCUUCUCCCACCCGGCGGGAACAUUAGAUUCGGCAACGAUCAAGCUCACUGCCACAGAAGCAGCAUUUGCCGCACUCGGAUAUGCUAUUGAAAGGGGCGAGUUCCAGGAGGUCCGCGAAAUGCUCGAAGGGGACGAGGUGAACCAUCAGUUGCUGAAGAGGGCCGACUACGCCGGGAACACAGCCUUACACCUGGCGGCUAUGAGCGCUAACCUAGAUAUUAUCAAGGAACUUCUCACGCGCGGAGCCAGCGUUCACACCAGAAACUCGGCAAACAACACUCCCCUUUUCCUAGCCAGAAGGACGGCAAAUCGGGGAUGCAUCGAAUUGUUGGAGGGUGCCGGCGGGCACUUUCUUAUGGCCCACUCGAACAAAGUACCCUAGAUGAAUUGAGCUGCAGUGCUACGCUCGGUCGCCUGU